AUGCGACAUCGCCAGCAGCUGGCACAGGCCUCGUACCGCCUGCCCGAUGGCACCAUUGUCGGGCCACAGAUGACAGGGCCUGUGGAUGUGGACCCCACAUCCCCCAUGCUGGCCAGCGCCCUAUCACAGAACCAGGCGCUCAGGGGCGCCUCCUACAGGCUGCCCGAUGGGACGUUCAUCAGCUCGGACCCGCGCUACGCACAGCAGCAGCAGCAGAUGACGUCGCCACAGCUGUCCCGCGCUCUGCAGAACCCCAACCUGCGCGCCGCCUCCUACAGGCUGCCGGAUGGCACCGUCGUCAUGGGAGGGGAGCCGCAACAGCCACAGGUGCCCUCUCCUAACCUGGCGGCAGCGCUGCAGCAGAACCCGGCGCUCCGCUUGGCCAGCUACACCCUCCCCGACGGCUCCGUCAUCACCGUGGACCCCCGCACCGGCAAACCCACCAACCCCAACCUCUCCACCGCCCUCCAGAACGAGCUGCUGAGGGCCGCCUCCUACCGGCUCCCGGACGGCUCCGUCAUCGCUGUCGACCCACGCACCGGCAAGCCCACCAACCCCAACCUCUCGUCGGCCUUGCAGAACGAGCUUCUGAGAGGCGCUGCUUAUCGCCUGCCCGACGGGUCUCUGUUCUCGGCCCAGAAGUCCACGACCCCCAACCUGUCCGCUGCCUUGCAGAAUGAGAUGCUUAAAGGUGCCACCUACAGGUUGCCCGACGGUUCGGUCAUCUCUGCGUACCCGAAGCCCACGAGUCCGAACCUCGCCCUGGCCCUGCAAAACGAGAUGAUGAAAGCGGCUAAGUACCGGCUGCCCGACGGGUCCGUCAUCUCCGCGUAUCCGAAGCCCACCACUCCAAACCUGGCGUCCGCCCUGCAGAAUGAAAUGAUGAAGGCGGCUAGCUACAGGCUCCCGGACGGUUCGCUGAUCUCCGCCUACCCUAGGCCAGCGCAGCCCAACCUCUCCUCCGCCUUGCAAAACGAGAUGAUGAAGGCGGCCAACUACCGCCUCCCGGACGGCUCUCUGCUCUACCCCAAGCCGGCGGCGCCCAACCUGAUGGGGGCGUUGAGGAACGAGGCUCUGAAGAGCGCCACCUACAGGCUGCCCGAUGGCUCCAUCAUCUCUGCAUGCCCGCAGCGCAACCCCGACCUUUCGUCGGCAAUCCAGAACGAAAUGCUGAAGGGUGCGAGGAUGCGUCUCCCGGAUAACUCUCUGAUCUCGCUGCGCUACAAGCAUGGGCCCAAGGUAUCGUCUGCGCUGUUCAAUGAAGGCCUGCGGGGGGCGAACUUCCGCCUGAAUCAGCGCUCCGUUCUGGCCAAGGCCUUCCAGCCCAACCCCUACAUCUCAGACGCCAUGGAGAAUCUCCAGGUCACGCUACCAUCGGGCCUGACGACGAGGACCAGCACCGGUGAGAUAAUUGGACCAGAGGGACGUUACCAGGUGGUAGGGCCUCGAGGCCGUGCCGCGGACGACCACUGGGCGCGCCACGCGAGGCCGGGCCAGACGCCCGAGGAGGUGUGGGCCUCGGAGCGGGUCCUGCCGCACGGAACCGUGCAGAACCUCAGCAAGUGGUCCAUGUACCGAGAGGAGGGCCUGAUGGAGAGCCUGGGCCCACCCCCCAUGACCUGGCUCGGGGAGAGGGAGGGAGAGGUUCCCUGGGUCCCAGAGAGGGAGGAGGGGGAACCCACCGGGCCCUGGUUUGAUAAGAUCUACUUCAUCAGGAGUCUCCCCACCAUGAGAUACCGAGUCAGGAGAGAAGUGGACGGCAUAGAGGACAUGACACAACUAGAUGAGCUGUGUGAGGCAUCAGUCCUGAAAAAUCUGCGCAGUCGAUAUGAGCGAGAACUGAUUUACACGUACAUUGGCAGUAUUUUGAUCUCGGUGAACCCAUAUCAGCUCUACAACAUCUAUGGCACCGACGCGGUGUUGCAAUACGAGGGUCACGGACCAGGCGACAACCCACCGCACAUUUUUGCAAUCGCUAACACUGCCUACACAACUAUGAUGGACGCUAAGAAGAAUCAAUGUGUAAUAAUCAGUGGUGAAAGUGGGUCGGGGAAGACUGAGGCGACCAAACUGGUUCUACGUUACCUAACUGCAAUUCACCACAAAAGAAACAUCACACAGCAGAUUGAGAUUCUAGAGGCCACUCCGCUGCUGGAGUCUUUUGGGAACGCCAAAACCGUACGCAACGACAACUCGAGCCGCUUCGGGAAGUUUGUGGAGAUCUUCAUGGAGGAAGGCGUGAUCAGUGGAGCCAUAACCUCUCAGUAUCUCUUGGAGAAGUCCAGGAUUGUCUUUCAAGCUAAAGGGGAGAGGAACUACCACAUCUUCUAUGAGAUGCUGGCUGGCCUGCCUUCCAACCUCAGGCAAAGCUUCUACCUACAGGAGGCCGAAACCUAUUACUACCUCAACCAGGGUGGCAACUGUGUGAUCCAGGGAAAGGAUGACGGCGAUGACUUCCGUCGCCUGGUGGUUGCCAUGGAGAUCCUGAGCUUCAGUCCUGACGAUCAGAACAACAUCUUCAGAGUGCUCGCCUCAAUACUGCACCUUGGCAAUGUCUUCUUCCACAGAGUGGAGGUGGGUGGCCAGGAGGGGGCGUCGGUGGUGAGCGCUCAGGAGAUCCGCGUGGUGGCUGAGCUGCUCCACAUCUCACCAGAAGGACUACAGAAGGCCCUCACCUAUAAAGUCACGGAUGCCAUGAGGGAAAAGAUUUACACUCCUCUGACUGUGGAGAGUGCAGUAGAUGCCAGAGAUGCUGUUGCCAAGAUACUCUACUCGUUACUUUUCCAUUGGCUGACGGAUCGCAUCAAUGGGCGUGUCUACCCUCGGCACGAGGCCCCCUCCAUAGCCAUACUGGACAUAUAUGGCUUUGAGGACCUGUUGUUUAACAGCUUUGAGCAGCUGUGUAUAAACUACGCCAAUGAAACUCUGCAGGCCUAUUUUACCCGCAUCAUCUUCAGGCAGGAACAGGAGGAGUAUUUCAGGGAGCAGAUCAUCUGGUCAGAGUUGUCCUUCACCGAUAACCAAUCAUGCAUCGACCUGAUAGCCGCAAAGCCCCAUGGGAUACUGCGCAUUCUGGACGACCAAAACGGAUUCCCACAGGCAACAGACCACACCUUCCUGCAGAAGUGCCACUAUCACCACGGUGAUAAUGAGCUGUACAUGAGGCCGAAGAUGCCACAGCCAGAAUUCACCAUCAAGCACUACGCCGGCCGCGUCACCUACCAGGUGCAAAAGUUUCUGGAUAAAAACUACGAUCAACUUCGUCAGGAGGUUCUCGACCUGUUUGUCCAAAGCAGAAACACGAUGGUGGGCAACCUGUUCCAGAAGCAUGCUGACUCCCUGGGCCAGCAGCGGGGCGUGGCGUUCAGUAGCAGCCGGGGCAGCGGCAGCUCACACACACGCAAGCAGACACACACCGUGGCCGCCAAGUUCCAGCAUUCCCUGCAGGAGCUCCUGGACAAGAUGGAGAGGUGUAGCCCUUAUUUUGUUCGCUGCAUUAAGCCAAAUCAAAGCAAGGACCCUGGCUACUUUGACAUGGAGCUGGUCUCUACGCAGCUGCGUUACCUUGGCAUCCUGGAUACCAUCCGCAUCAGGAAGGAGGGAUACCCAAUCAGAAUUCACUUCUUUACAUUCCUACACAGGUAUAAGUCACUACUGGGCCUGAAGGACGCGCCGGCCCCUGCAGAUGGUGACCAGUGUGUCCUGAUGUUGCGUAAGCUCUGUCCACUCAGGAAGGGCUCCUACCAAGUGGGCGUCACCAAGAUCUUCCUAAAAGAGGAGCUGUAUGCGCUACUGGAGAGUAAGAGGGAGCGGAUGCUUCACCUGGCGGCCCUCAUCCUGCAGCGCUGCAUCCGCAUGCACUUCGCCCGCGUCAAGUUCGUACGCCUGCGGCUGACCAUGAUGAAGCUACAGGCGCGAUGCAGAGGAUACCUGGGCAGGAUGUUCUAUCUCCAGAUGCGAGUGAAUCUGAUCCGGUUCCGAUCACUGGUGCAGCUGUGUGCUAACCGACAGCGCUAUAUGAGGGCUAAUAUUCGUCAGAAGAGGAUGGCAGAGCAGGCCCGUCUCAACAGGGAGGUCGUCAACCUCUCCCAGCUGCCUGUACCAGCAGAACUAGCUGCACUCCUCCAUCACACCGCAGGCAGUAGGCAGCUGCAUGCGGAGUGCUUGGCCCUGGUCGAGAGUCCGCGGGCGGAGGUGGCGUCGCAGCUGACCCUCCCCCAUGACAUCAACAACUACCUGAUGACCAAAUAUAUACGCACACACUUCAGGGAGUUGAAGUUUGGAAUGUUGAUAGUGCCACUGGAGAACUCCUUGACUCGCCUGGAGGAGGACCUAAGAAGAAAUGCAGUGGAUGUCUUCACCCUGAUUCUGCGGUUCAUGGGCGACCCCAACCUGAACGGGGCUCAAGAGAACCUGUUUGGCAAUUACAUCAUCCAGCGGGGUCUGGCCAAGCCACCAAUCAGAGAAGAGAUCCUGGCCCAGCUGGCCAAUCAGGUGUGGCGGAACGAGCGUGAUGUCAACGCAGAGCGAGGGUGGCUCCUGUUGGCUGCCUGCCUCAGCGCCUUCUACCCCACCGACAACAUGGCCAAAUACUUACUCAAGUUUGUGUCGGACUAUGGUCUGAAUGGCUACAAGGCCCUGUGUCAGCACAAGCUCCUCCAGGGCCAGCAGAAGUCUCCCCUAGGGCCGGGUGGGGCGCGCUGUUACCCCCCCUCCCUCCUGGAGUGGACCGCCGCACGCAAGAAAGCACACAUGCUGCUGCUUAUACACUGCACCGACGGUUUUUCAACCCUGUGCCCUGUGCACUCCUGGAGCAGUGGAGAGGAAGUUGCGUCUUCCGUUCUCGAACAAAGAAGCGUGGCGAGCCUCGGGCGACGUGGUUGGUCCCUUCGGCUCCAGGAGGCGGGCCACUGGGUGGAGAUUGGCGGCCACGACUACCUAUUGGAUGCUAUUUCUCAGAUGGAGCUUCCGCCUGUAUUUCCAUCACAGAGGAGUUUCUUCCUCAUAUCUACGGAUCAGUUCACUCAGCCUAGACCCAAUGCCAGCAUGAGCUUGUUUGGAGGGUUCGAUGGAGAGGAGGAGGGGCCUAAAAGAGGCAGCGCCAUGACAACCAGUACUCUGCCAAUAGCAGACGGCCAUUACUCUCAGGUUCUUUCCAUUGACACAGUAGACUGUGUGGUUAUGAUCUCCUACUCGCACCUUGACACGACGAACAAGUCCGUCAGCUCCUUCUGUGACGUCAAUCACACGUCCAAGACGCCACUCGUUCCUGGGGAGCAGGACAUGGACGCCUCCUCCCUAACCAAUCGGAUGAGAGGAGCCGGCGGAGUGGGUGUGGUUAAUGGAGACUCCACCCCUCCUGUUGCCAACGUGCCCUACUCACCACCAGGAGCGGUGAGGGUGCUUCCUACUAUGCCAGUCGUGCCAAAUGUUCCAGUUGCCCAGCCAGUGCCAGGUAAGGCGCAGCAGAUGACCAUGCAGGCCAUGGCCAUGGUGUCCCCGCCCAUGUCCCCUCCCAUGUCUCCGCCCCCUACCAGCCCUCCACCAAUCAUGUACGGGAUCCCCGUCAUCCCGCCCAGCCCCUACGCCCAGUUCCCGCCCAGCCCCUACGCAGCAGCAGUACUGCCUCGAAGGCCGAGUGAAGUGGGUAAACCGGCUUCAGCAAACUUAAACAGGGACGGGAAACCUGCCAAGAGAUUUGCUCCGGUGGCCGUGUCCGGUCCCAUGCGAUCGCCUCCCCCUGGUGGCGAGGUGGUGAAGUCGUCAGUGCUGUCCUCGGAGCACAUAGUGCCCAGCCACAACAUCAAGGACAUCAUACGCCAGUACCAGACGCCACCAGCCCCGCCACAGCAGAUACGCAGGAGAGAGGGAGGCAGGGGCUUUCAGAUGAAGAGGAAUCCUCAUGAGGAGGCCAUGCAGAUCCUCAAGCCACAGAUAGACAACCCUCCUGCUCCACAGAGGAGAGCUCCCGCCCCUACAGCCGUGCCCAGACAGACGCCAGCCAAUCAACACCCAUCAUCAGUCAGGAAGUCCAAGCCCAGAUAUGCCCCGCCCCCCGCGCCCCGGCCAGAAGUGUCCAGGGAGUUGCCUGUGGAAACGGAGAGCAUCCAGACUCUUCUCCAUCGCAGCAGCUCAGAGCAACACUACACCUACAGCAACGUGCCCUGGAAGAUCUACCUCAGGAAAGAGAUUUUUUAUCCAAAGGAUAAUCUGAACAACCCCUUAGUGCUUGACCUCAUUUUUAAACAAGUUGUGGUGGACACCUUCUCUGAGGCGUGCGUGCGCAUCACAAAGGAGGAGAGACAGAAGAUGAAGGAUUUGUUAGGUAAGCACAGCAUCAAGCCUAAUGUGCCUGUGUCUGAUGAGGGCGUCAAGAAGACGGUGGUGGCCCUCGCCAGGGAAUCAUGGGAGAUAUAUUUCUCUCGCCUCUUCCCCGCCUCCGGCAGUGUGGGUACAGGAGUGCAGGUGUUGUCUGUGAGUGACUCUGGUGUGAAGCUGCUGAAGACCGUCAAGAGCAGCACUGCAGCACCGGACUACUUCAAAGUGCUGCGGCCAUAUAGUUAUACGGACAUCAUGUUUGUGACGGUGUCGUCUGAGCACAUGUUGGAGUUUAACCUGCAGAGUGAGAAGCUGAUCCUCUUUACGCCGCGCGCAACACACAUCAAGCAGCUCAUCGACCACUUCAUAUCACAGCUCAAAAAGGAUUCUGACUACGUGGUGGCCGAGCGUAACGUGAUGAAUGAGGACCGCGCUCUCCUCAGCUUCCACAAGGGGGACAUCAUACGCCUACAGGCCAAGGACGGACUAGAUCCUGGCCAGAGCUACGGGUGUGUUGUGAAGAAGAAGGUGAUGUACCUGGAGGAGCUCAAGAGAGACACGGCUGACUUUGGUUGGCGUUUCGGUGCGUUGCUAGGCCGCAGCGGGGCGUUCCCUAGCGACGCAGCACUUCCUGUGUCGGCCCCUGACUUCCUGUCCAUGCCGGCCUGGAGAGGGGCGGAGCCACAGAACCAGCAAGGGGGAGUGGCCACCUCAGGAGCCGUCGCCCUCGCCAUCACUUCCAGCAUGGCCGCUCACACACUCGACCCAGCACUCCAGGUGUGUGUGUCUGAUUGGCUGGACCCUGAGGCUGAAGAGCGCCUCCUGCAGGACAGUCAGUAUAACAUGCAGGAGUUCGCCAAGAAGUACUUCAGACAGGGUGAUUCCCGAAGGGGGAAGGACUUCAAAGACCCUCUGGAGAUGCUCAAGUUCAGCAAGAACCCCAUCACAGAGUCUCUCAUUGACUUCACGGAUCCCAACAUGAACAGAGUCGCUUCGGAAAUCUUCCUGGCCAUUAUGAAGUUUAUGGGCGACCAGCUGCUCAAGGGCCAAUCAGAGCAGUUUAUCCUCUGCACCUUCCUGAAGUUGGUUGGAGAGUAUGGGCUGAUGAGAGAUGAAGCCUAUUGCCAAGUCCUGAAACAGAUCACCAGCAACACCAGCGCCAAACCUGAGAGCUGCCAGAAGGGCUGGCGUCUGCUCUACAUCCUCACAGCCUUCUACAGCUGUUCAGUGGUGCUGAGGCCUUUCAUGCUGCACUUCCUCCUUCAGGCCAGCAGGGGGCCCAGCACUAACAUAUUCCAAGGUAUUGCCAAGGCUUGUGAGCAGAACCUGAGGAAGACAUUCCAGUUCGGAGGCCGACGGGUCCAUCCAAACAACAUGGAACUCAAAGCCAUCAUGGCUGGCAGAAGCUCCAAGCGUCAACUCUUCCUCUUCCCUGGGGGAAUCGAACGCCAUCUAAAAGUCAAAACCUGCUCAGUGGCCAUGGACAUAAUAGAGGAGCUGUGUUACGAGAUGGCCGUGCAGAGGAUGGAGGCCAUGGACGAGUACACCAUCUUCAUCGUCACCAAUAGAGGUCAGAGUGUGCGGCCGUUGACCAAGCGUGAGUACAUCCUGGACGUGGGUCUGGAGGCGGAGCAGAGUGACCCGGACUACACCUUCUGCUUCAGACGUGUCAUCUGGUCACACGUCCUCACCUUCGACAACGAGCUGUCCGUCACCCUACACUUCAACCAGGUGCUGCCAGACUACCUGAAGGGCCUGUUGAAUGUGAUUCCUACUGGGAGAGCGAGCGAGCAGCAACUCAGCCAGGUGGCCAAGCUAGCAGCACUGCAGCACCGCAGCAAGGAAUGCCUCUACACACCUACAGCACACGAGGUGGCGGAGUACAUUCCGGCUCAGCUGUUCGUCAAGCAGGGACCCAAAGAGUGGCACACACUGGUGUCGCAACACACACACGCCACGCAGGCGCUCAGCACACACCAGGCCCGCGCACAGUUCCUAGGUCUGGUGUGUGCCUUCCCCAUGUUUGGCUCCUCCUUCUUUUAUAUCAUCAGCAGCAGCAACCCCUCAGUCUCCGCCCCCUGCAUCCUGGCUGUCAAUCAAAACGGACUCCACUUUCUGCACAAGGACACACACGAGUUGCUGGUGCGUUUCCCUCUGAAGCAGGUCCAGGCCACACACACUCAGAGGCCGAGCAGCGGCCACACACACAGCUAUCCCUACGUGGACAUCCUAAUAGGAGAUCUUAACACACAGAGGGUCACACAACUACAACUGGAACAGGGCCUGGAGCUGUGUCGGGUCAUUGCCAUGCACGUGGAGAACCUACUGUCAGUCCGUGAGAAGAGGCUGACUCUGCCGCCCAGCGAAAUCACGCUACUCUAA